AUGUUUAUAAUUUUGGAUCAAUAUCUUGCAGAAAUUACUGAGAAGCCACAGAUUACUUCAAGCGCUCCAAAAGUUUUUCAAGUUGCAAUCAAUUCGGAUAUGUUUCAUAAGUCAUUUGGCCCAGUUUUUAUGGGUCGAUUAUCACAAAGUUGCAGCAAUAAAGAAGGAAUUAAAAUUUCAAGUUGCAUGGGAGUUAGUAGUGAAGUUUUAGAAAGAAAGUUCAAUAACUUCCGUAAGCAGCUAGAGGAUGCUGGCCUUCCAUCCGAAGUGUCAUACGGAUUUAUGGCCUUAAGUGGUAUUCAACAGCAGGCAAAAGUAAUUGUUGAACACGGUUUACGCGCUGGCAAUUUUGUAGUAGGGGAGGUUGGAAAUGCCGAAAAAGGAGUAUACCUGAUUGAAAGUCCUGAUCUUGUUGUUCCGUCCGCUUUUUUUGAGUCUACAGUAAUACGCAUUAUGUGCUUUAAGGUUUUGAAAGGUCGAAGUCGGGUUGUAGAUUUGGGUUCUUAUAAAGUAGAGCCUUCCUUUGGUUACAAUUCACAUAUCCCACCUCCAGUUAAAAAUCGCAAACUUUCGCGAUACUUCUUGCAUCGUUCUAACCAAGUGUUCUUAUUUGAAACACUAUCGUCUGGGAAGUUGUCACUAGUCCCGUCCAAUGUCUUGCCUUAUGGCAUUUUUACUGUUGAAUUCCCACCAACCGUGUCUCUUAGGUUUAACGUUAAGUUAAGCGAAGUUUGGAAAGGAUCUCUUAAAUCGGGUGCUGAAGUAUUUCACCAUUUACGGCUCUCGAGCAUUGGUGGAGUACUACUAAAACCGUUAUCAUUGCAUAUGGCUGUGCGUCAUAUUCUUGGCAUAGCCCAAAUUGCUUACAGCAUAUUACUUUGUAAACUUCUGCAUAAUUUAGCUGUUAAUGCAGUUGGUUCGUUCAAGGACUUCAACCGAGUGAAAUUAUUUGAGCUGCAUGUGCCAGCCUUGGUUGAUUGGUCAACUUGUUUGAAAUUUCCCUUCAUUCAAGAACUUUUAUCGCCUACCUCAGCUGGUGAACUAGGGCUCAAAAAAGAGCUGUUUUUGGCCAACUCGAAACAUUACGUUUCUUACUACGUGCUAACAGCUGCUCAGGAGAAUCCACGUUUCGUCAGGUUUGUAGAAAUGACUCAGGCUCAUAGGGUGGUAGGUUACCAAAUCUUGGACUCUGACGCGCAUUUGAUCCUUAUACCGAACGGAAGUCUCAGUAUGGCUCUAAGUUUACCCUACCGGGGAGAAACUUUGUUUCAUUGCCUUCAUUUGUCAAAAGAAUCAUGUGUCAUGGGGCUGCAUAAGCCUUUGAGCGAACGAGAGAAAUAUUCAGACAAUUGUGUCAUGUUGCUGUGCCUCUCAAACUUUUUAGAUGGAGAAUUGGAAACGACAACAUUAGAUUGUGAAGGAACUUUAAAACCCGAUAUUGUGCAUGAGCCUGUGGCUUUAGAAUAUUCGAAAAAAGACGUGGAAGAGAAUUUUGAAAAUGUUGACAUGGAUGUUGAUGACCCACGACCUAACGCCGAAACUGCUGAUGUUAAGGAGACCACAAGUUACGAAAAAGAUUCCGACCAAAAACCAGCUAAAUUUCGUAAAACUAAAGUAAUUACAUCUACCAGUUUAACGGACCCGAGGCUAUCGAUAUCUGAAUAUUUUAAAAAACGUAGCACUUUGGCGAAGGGUACUACUCCUCCUGAAAAAAAUGAAAUCACCGUCAAAAAGUCAAGGAUAGAGACAAGUGACAGUUCUUCGAAAGAGUAUAAGACAGUUACGGUAAAAAGUAGAGAGAAUGAGAACAGUGCUGAAGUAACGAGUUCGACGUACGCUUAUCAAGCCCCAGUACCGCAAGUAGCUCUGGUUAUUGAGAAGAUGAAGGACCCUAAAACUGUUACCAGUAGUGAUUUGGCAGAAAGGAUUGAGGAGCGGGAUAUUGGGGAAAACCUGACCAGGAGUGAUCCAGCACGAGAUGCGAAUCUAACUGAAAACUAUAGUCAGGAAAAAAAUUGUUGGUUUGGCGGAAGGGCAUACAAUGAAAGUGUUAACACUACAACACCUCAAGAGUCUUCAUCCUGUUCCUCUGUUCUUAUGGAUGAGGAUGAGAGGGAUCGUGACACUGACCUGCGUUUUAUGCAGCUAAGUGAGGGUCGGCUGGCAAGAAUAAUGAGCGAUCUUCGCAUGACCGCAAGUAGUGUGAAUGAGCAAAUGUGCCAGAUUGGACUGAUAAAAAAGUCCACUGAGCUGGCUGUUGGGUCUAGGCUGACGUUUGCAGCACAUUUUUCUCAUACACCGGAAAUAGCUACAGGAAAAGAUAUGGAUUAUCGGCUGAACGACAGUUCAUCCACAUUAAUGGCACCUUUGAUAGAAGAAUCGGGGAAGUCUACAGUUUGUUGUGAUCCUUUGUACUAA